CUCCCGGCCUGCGCGUCGGCAGGCGUGGCUGCACGUCCGGGUGGCGCUGGCCCAGCAAUAUAGCUGCUGGGCCGAGGCGCUGGUGCGUGGGGGCCAGCGCGCGGCGUGCGGGCGGGGGCGGCGGCCUGGAGAUCCGAGCAGCAGGCGACCGGGCGGCCCAGAGAGAGGCGAGCAACAUGAGCAGCAAAUGCGAUGUGGUCGUGGUGGGGGGCGGCAUCUCAGGUAUGGCAGCAGCCAAACUUCUGCAUGAUUCUGGCCUGAAUGUGGUUGUUCUGGAAGCCCGAGACCGUGUGGGUGGCCGGACUUACACCAUUAGGAACCAAAAAGUUAAAUAUGUGGACCUUGGAGGAUCCUAUGUUGGGCCAACCCAGAAUCGUAUUUUAAGAUUAGCCAAGGAACUAGGAUUGGAGACCUACAAAGUGAAUGAAGUUGAGCGUCUGAUCCACCAUGUAAAGGGCAAGUCAUACCCUUUCAGGGGCCCAUUCCCAGCAGUGUGGAAUCCAAUCACUUACCUGGAUCAUAACAACCUUUGGAGAAUAAUGGAUGAAAUGGGGCAAGAGAUUCCCAGUGAUGCCCCUUGGAAGGCACCCCUUGCUGAAGAGUGGGACCACAUGACAAUGAAGGAACUGCUGGACAAGAUCUGCUGGACUGAAUCUGCGAAGAAGCUUGCCACUCUCUUUGUGAAUCUGUGUGUCACUGCAGAGACCCAUGAGGUCUCUGCUCUCUGGUUCCUGUGGUAUGUGAAGCAGUGUGGGGGCACGACCAGAAUCAUGUCAACAACCAAUGGAGGGCAGGAGAGGAAGUUUGUGGGUGGAUCUGGCCAAGUGAGUGAGCGAAUAAUGGACCUCCUGGGGGAGCGAGUGAAGCUUGAGAGGCCUGUGAUCCGCAUUGACCAGACUGGCGAAAAUGUCCUCGUGGAGACCCUAAACCAUGAGAUAUAUGAGGCUAAAUAUGUCAUUAGUGCUAUUCCUCCUAUUCUGGGCAUGAAAAUUCACUACAAUCCUCCUCUGCCGAUGAUGAGAAAUCAGCUGAUCACUCGUGUGCCUUUGGGUUCAGUCAUCAAGUGCAUGGUUUACUAUAAGGAGCCCUUCUGGAGGAAGAAAGAUUAUUGUGGAACCAUGAUCAUUGAAGGAGAAGAAGCUCCAAUUGCUUACACACUGGAUGAUACCAAACCUGAUGGCAACUAUGCAGCUAUCAUGGGAUUUAUCCUUGCCCACAAAGCCAGAAAACUGGCACGCCUUACCAAAGAAGAAAGGCUGAAGAAACUGUGUGAGCUCUAUGCAAAAGUGCUGGGCUCCCAAGAAGCUCUGCAGCCAGUGCAUUAUGAAGAGAAGAACUGGUGUGAGGAGCAGUACUCUGGGGGCUGCUACACGACCUACUUCCCACCGGGCAUCAUGACUCAAUACGGAAGGGUUCUACGCCAGGCAGUUGGCAGGAUUUACUUUGCAGGCACCGAGACUGCCACACACUGGAGCGGCUACAUGGAGGGGGCUGUGGAGGCUGGAGAGAGAGCUGCCCGAGAGAUCCUGCAUGCCAUUGGGAAGAUUCCAGAGGAUGAAAUCUGGCAGUCAGAACCAGAAUCUGUGGAUGUUCCUGCUCGGCCCAUCACAACCACCUUCCUGGAGAGGAACUUGCCCUCUGUGCCUGGUCUGCUGAGACUGAUUGGAUUGACCACCAUGUUUUCGGCUGUGGCUCUUGGCUUCCUGGCCUACAAAAGGGGGUUACUUGUACGGGUCUGAAGAGAGGGCGUCUGGAGCCACACCCUCUUCUUAAUUCUAUUUAGGUUGUAGGUUUGAGGAAGGGGCUGCAAUGAAGUUCCACAAAGAUAUAAAGAAUAUAGAGCAUGGUUAGGAGCAUAAAGAUAAAUCAGACUGUGACCACAGGCAACAUAGUAUCUCUAUCUCAUUUUGGCCCCUAGUUAGUGUUCCUUACUUGGCUUGGCAUGCUGUCUCAUCCAUUGUCAAGAUUACUGCCCUUGGAAUCUUUAGAAUAGUUAAAUAGCCUUGUUUAAUGUCCUGGCUGUUCCACCACACGCCUUGCCCAUGUACAAGUUUUUUCUCACCUUUGUGGCUUUGUGCUUAACCUUUAUUCCUGUGAUGCCCUUAUUUUCCCAAGCUCUCUACAUCUGUCUUCAGAAUCCUAUACUGUUAUAGCUGGAGGAUCUUAGAGACCAUCUAAUCCUCACUUUCUAUUUUAGAGUCUAACAAAUUGGAGCUGACAGAGGUGGAACUUAACUACCCAGUAAGCCGCUGGUUUUUGGGGGCCUACAACACCGGUGCAGCACUUUUCCCACCUCCCAGGAUGUAUUCCCUAACUGCUCUCUCCGACUCCCUGCUAUCAUCGCAAAUGGUGGGCUCUUGCCUGGGUUUCCUCUGAACUAAAUGGUCUUGUGCUGCUUAAAUGCUACUCAGUAUAUAUAUAUAUAUAUAUCCUUUAAGUCUUACUGUCUUUUGCAAUGUGCCUCCAGGUGCGUUUAGUUGCUUUAAGAGUAGGAAUCUUGUCUUGUCUUCCUUUUUUAUCCUCCAUUAUGUCUUGACACAAAGGUCAAUGCACAUUUGGGUAAUUAAAAAUAAAAUUGAUUGACCAGA